AUGGCUACAUCUUCUUACUAUCCUCAUGUUAUCAAAAGUCUGCAAAAAAUAACUUUGAACCAUACCUGUUUACGUGUCAAAGACCCUAAAGUUAGUGUUGAAUUUUAUACCAAGAAAUUUGGAAUGAAAUUGUUAAAGCAACACAAGUUUCCAGAAUACAAAUUUGAUUUAUACUUUCUAGGAUUUGAUACUAAUGAGAAUAAAAGCAAAUUGAAAAAUUCUAAAGGCGAAAUCGAUGUUUUCCAAUCGAGCGGUAUUUUAGAGUUGACUCACAAUUACGGAACUGAAAACGAUCCAACCUUCAAAGUUAACAACGGUAACGUUGAACCAAACCGUGGGUUUGGACAUGUCUGUUUUUCUUGUUGUGAUAUUGUGAAAACAUGUGAUUACCUAGAAAACGAACAAAAAGUCACGUUUAGAAAGAAAUUAAGUGAUGGUAGACAAAAGGAUAUUGCCUUUGUUUUAGACCCAGACGGAUAUUGGAUUGAAUUGGUACAAUACGGCUCCAGAAAUGGAGUUCAGUUUUCCGACGAAGGUUAUAAAUUAAAUCACACAAUGAUUCGUGUUAAAGACUCCAAGAAAUCGGUUCAAUUUUAUCAGAAUGUUUUAGGUAUGGAUUUAGUGGAUGUGAGUGAGCAUGCAAAUGGCAAGUUUACAACGUAUUUUUUAGCGUACGGAAAAAAUGAAGACAAUGGUAAUAAUAGAUGGAAAAGAGAAGGGAUUUUGGAACUAACUCACAAUUGGGGAACUGAAAAUGAACCAGAUUUUCAUUAUCAUAACGGGAACGACAAGCCGCAAGGUUAUGGACACAUUUGUAUUUCCUGCAAGGACCCUGCUGAGUUGUGUAAUGAAAUUGAUUCAAAAUAUGGAGAUCAUAUCAAAUGGGGGGUUAAAUAUAACCAAGGUAAAAUGAAGAAUUUGGCCUUUAUUAAAGAUCCCGACAACUAUUCCAUUGAAAUCGUUCCAUACGGGUUGACUUUGUGA